AUGCCAUUCAGACAGGCGUUUCAGGACAUUAUCAGCAAGGCGGACAAGGCCUGGGAGGAAAUAACCCAUCAUGGCGCUCCCCCAGUACCAUCGCACAACAAGCCUCCCCCGCCGCCUGUUCCAACAUCCAGCAAACCCCCACCAGCUUAUCCGGAACAGCACUACCAACCCCAGAUCUACUGGCGGCCCAACCUGCAUCCUCAAGCACCAGUGUCCGCCAACUUCUACCACGAACAGGGUCAGCACGGUUGGGGCAACAACGAGGCGCAGAAUUAUAUCGACAGCCCGCAAAACUCAUUCCAUUCGCCCCAGGGCGACGCAGUGAUCGUGCGCGCUCUGGUCAACCACGGGCACCCCGACCAUGCCCAGAAAUUUACCAGCGCCCGGCUAUCGAGUCACCAGACCCUCGGCCGACCACGCGGCUGUCUGUCGGCCAGAAUUACAGCGCCGGUCGCCCGAGGUAUCUGGCCUGCUUUUUGGCUGCUGCCUAAAGACCCCUUCAAGUGGCCCGAGGAUGGCGAAGUCGACAUAAUGGAAGCGUGGAACGGCGAUGCGGUCAACCACACGUGUCUGCAUUGGGGCCACUUCAAUGGCGAGGACUGGAACAAGCAUCGCGUUCUCGAAACCCCCAUCCCCAACAUCAGCUCGCCGAUGGGAGUGAGGUACGAUUUUAUCUGGGACGAGGACGAAUCAACGGGCAGGGGGCGCUUGGUUUGGUUGAUCGAUGGUAGACCCAUCAUGAGGGCUGAGAAGCCGCCUGGCACGAGGAAGAUGAGUGAGUUCAGAAUCCUCAUCAACAUCGCUGUUGGAGGAAAUGUCUGCCAGGGAACUAUGCCCAGCGAUGGAUGCUACGAGACGGUGAUUCGUGAGUUGGCCAUGUGGGACGCGCCGCCUGGGGGAUGGAACGAGUUUGAAAGGGCUUGGAGAGAUUCGCAAGAUGGCAAUACCAUGUAA